UUCGCUGUCAUACUCGUAAAUCAGACCACGCACGCCGCAAGCCCAGCAAUUUGUGGUGCAAGUCAGUGGAAAUCGGCUCGGCCCAGCAGCCACGCUCCACUACCACCGCCACUUCCCCCCUUGUGUGUGUUUGUUGCCGCCACCAACCAACCCCGCUUUCCACGCACGACCAAAACAAGCCCGCAAGCAUGCACCUCGCUCGUGUUGCGACCCGGCCUGUGGCCCGCUACCUCUCCACAUCGGCUGCUGCCAUGUCCUCCAGUGGCCUCAAGGAGCGCCUCACGGAGAUUAUUCCCCAAGUGCAGGCUGAUGUCAAGGAGUUCCGCUCAGAGCACGACGACACUGUCAUUGGCACUGUGACCGUGCGCCAGGCCUACGGCGGCAUGCGCGGCAUCAAGGGCCUCGUCACAGAGACCUCCGUCCUCGACCCCGAGGAGGGUAUCCGCUACCGCGGCUACACCCUGCCCGAGCUGCAGGAGCUCCUGCCCAAGGCCGACGGCGGCGAGGAGCCCCUCCCCGAGGGUGCCCUGUGGCUCCUCCUCACCGGCGAGAUUCCCACCGUGGAUCAGGUCCGCGCCGUGUCCCGCGAGCUUGCCGCCCGCGCCGACCUCCCCAGCCACGUCGCCGACAUGAUUGCCAAGUUCCCUUCCACCAUGCACCCCAUGACCCAGUUUGUGUCUGCCAUUGCAGCCCUGCAGACCGAGUCUGAGUUUGCCAAGGCCUACGCCGCCAAGUCCGUCUCCAAGAAGCAGUUCUGGGAGCUCUUCUACGAGGACAGCAUGAACCUCAUUGCCAAGCUCCCCGUCGUCGCCGCUUCCAUCUACAAGAACACAUACGGUGACGGCAACGUCGCCUGCAUCGACCCCGAGCUUGACUGGUCUGCCAACUUCUGCAACAUGAUGGGUUACACCAACAAGGACUUCACCGAGCUGAUGCGCCUCUACCUCACCAUCCACGCCGAUCACGAGGGUGGCAACGUGUCCGCCCACGCCACGCACCUUGUUGGCUCUGCGCUGUCGGAUCCCUACCUCUCCUUUGCCGCGGGCAUGUCUGGCCUUGCUGGUCCCCUGCACGGUCUUGCCAACCAGGAGGUUCUCCAGUGGCUCACAGAGGUGCAGAAGGAGGUUGGCGAGGACUUCACUGACGAGCAGCUCAAGGACUUUGUCUGGAACACCCUCAAGUCUGGCAACGUUGUCCCCGGCUACGGCCAUGCCGUCCUUCGCAAGACCGACCCCCGCUACACCUGCCAGCGCGAGUUUGCCCUCAAGCACCUUGGUGAUGACAAGCUGUUCCGCCUUGUGAGCAAGCUGUACGAGAUUGUGCCCGACAUUCUUCUUGAGCAGGGCAAGGCCGCCAACCCCUGGCCCAACGUCGAUGCCCACAGCGGUGUCCUUCUCCGCCACUACGGUUUCAACGAGCAGAACUUCUACACUGUCCUCUUUGGCGUCUCCCGCGCCCUUGGCGUCCUUCCUUCCCUCGUCUGGGACCGCGCGCUCGGCCUCCCUAUUGAGCGCCCCAAGUCCAUGAGCACCAAGGCGCUCAAGGAGUUUGUUGCCAAGCUGUAAUCGUCCCCCCCCCCCACUGUUGUCGUUGUCGUUGUUGUGAUUGUCCCUUUUGUGCCUUUGUUGGUGCUUUCCCUCCCUCUCCACCAUGAUCUCGUCUCUCCUCCCCUCCCCUCCCUUGCCUUCUCUGUUCCCACCCUUGUCACGAUGUCAUUCAUGUCGUCAAUCUAGAGCCUUCCUUCCCGCGCAUCCAUCCAUCCAUCCAUACAAUGCGCGAAAGCGCAGACCCGUG